CCUGAUAUGGUGUUAUGAUAUGGUUGGUGUUCUAGAUAAUGACCUUUGACUUCCCCACAAACCUUUAGUCGAUAUCGGUUAUCAACAAAGAUAACUCCAUUUACCUCAUCCAAUACACAUUUGUCUGGAUUUUAAAACUUGUUUAUGAUUUAUGAUUUUCGGGAAUAGAAUACUAUGACGUCCGACACAGAAUCAAAAUCGCUUUUGGAUAAGCAACCGGAAGUACAAAAGUCGGAGAACACGCAAUAUGAUUCCUCUGGUUCUUCAUUUGACAUAUGUAUCCGUGUUGUUGUGACUAUACUAUUUGUAAUAGGUCUAGAAGGUGGAGGUUUAACGAAAAACCAGUAUGUAUAUAGUUGGAUAGAGAAAAAUACAAACUCAAGCAGCACUGUCUUUAACAGUUCCCAUGGCAACAUAACGACUGCUUCACAGGACCCGUGCGGGGGCAACAUCAGCGCUGGAAAUGAAAAGAAGGACCAAUCUUUGGCAUCAAUGUGGUUGCUGUAUUUUUCGCUUUGUGAACAUGGUAUAGCUGUUCCGAUGGUACUUCUUUACGGUUCCUAUUCGGACUAUCUCGGGAGAAAACCAUUAAUGAUAGUUUCCUGUGUCGGUUAUUGUAUGCAGUACAUUAUGAAAUCUUUCAUUGUUUAUAAAAAUCUCCCAUUGACAUAUUUCUUUAUUCCAUAUUCAUGGACUGGGCUUUGCGGCGGUCAUUAUCCUUUUUAUCUCGCCAUGAUGGCCUCAGUGGCAGACAAAACAAGCAAUAACAAGAAACGAGUCUUUGGUAUUGCGAUAGUGGAAACCAUGAUUGGCGUUGGUAAGAGUUCAGCCCAAGUUGGAACAGGGUACUUCAUUAAGUCGUUCGGGUAUAUGUAUCCUAUGAUAGCGGUGGCCGGGCUCUUUGCCGUGUGUUUACUCAUAAUUCCGUUUGGUAUAGCGGACACGCGGGCAACUAGAUCAACCAAACAUGUUACACUACUCGUUCACAUUAAAAAGAUUUUCGGAAUGUUUUUCAGUAAAUCUCACGUAAUGUCAGGCAGUGUUUUUACAUUUAAUAUGGCAUUAAUAACAUUCUUUCUCCUAUAUAUGGCAGCAUCAGAUUCAUCCACCUUAGGGACCCUUUAUCAACUUCGUUCGCCAUUUUGCUGGGAUUCAACAAAAAUUGGAUGGUAUGGAUUCGGAACCGAUAUUCUUCAAUACGUGUUUAGCUUAUUUGUAGUGAAAUGUCUUCAGAUUUGUCUUUCAGACGGAACUGUGAUUGUGUACACUCUCAUAUCAUCUAUAGCUGGCUCAGUUAUUACCGGAUUAGCUACAACUAGUCUGAUGCUAUAUAUUAGCUCGGGAGCAGGUAUUUUAUCUGUCAUGGCCAGACCUCUACUUCGAGCCUUCAUGUCUAACAUGAUUGAUAAGGACAAGCAGGGUGCUGUGCUUGGAAACACGUAUGUGGUAGAAAAUAUUUGUAACCUGCUCAGCAAGACAGUUUUCAGUGAAAUAUAUGCCCGGACGCAAACAUACAUGUCUGGCUUUGUAUAUCUGAUAAUGGGAGCAUUCUAUCUAUCGUCACUCAUCAUAUUCAUAAUCCUUCUCUGCUGUCGAAAAAGAGAGGAGACAACUAUUAACAUACAAAUCAAACAAAGCUGACUCUGUGUGUGAGUUUUACAAAACCAAUAAAAUGUUUUCAACAACA